AUGACAGACUCCAAUACGAUGGCCAUCAACUUGGUCCUCUUCGGCAUGACCCAGAGUGGGAAGAGUUCUGCGGGGAACGUUCUUCUGGGAAGUGCUGACUUCCACAGUCACUUUGCUCCAGCUUCGGUGACCAGAGACUGUCGCCUCGGCCGCAGCUGUCUGCUGCGUGGCUUCAUGCGUCGAGGCGGUCAGGAGGUGACCCUGCAGGUGCGGGUGCUGGACACGCCGGGUUAUCCACACAGCAGGCUGAGCCAGCAGCACGUGAAAGAGAAGGUGAAGGAAGCCUUAGCCCGUCACUUCCGCCAAGAGGGUCUGCACCUCGCGCUGCUGGUCCAGAGGGCAGACGUGCCUCUGCUGGAGCAGGAAGCGUCGUCCCUCGUCCAGAUGAUCCAGGAACUUCUGGGACACGCCUGGAAGAAUUACACCGCCAUUCUUUUCACCCACGCAGAAAAAAUAGAGGAGGCCGGGUUCAAUGAAGACACCUACUUACAUGAGGCCCCCAAUGCGCUGCUGACCCUGCUUAACGCCAUUCACUGCAGAUAUGUUUUCCAGUAUAGAAAGGAAAACACAUUUAGUGAGCAGAGAAUAAAAAUCUUAGAAAGACUCAUGGGGUUUAUAAAAGAAAACUGUUACCAAGCGCUGACUUUUCAAUAAAACUUAAGAUGAAAGAAAAGAGCACAGGGUUUGCGGGAGUGAGAAGCUUCAAGUGUCUUUGCUAACAUGAAUAUGGACCAUGAGACAUGCUACAAGCUGCCAGGGGAAGGGAAGAAUGGCUAGAAGCACUGCAGGCGCUGGACUGGUCAUUAAGAAGAUUCAAGAUCUCUUAAGCAAGUCUUAAGACACAACAGCGAACACCUUAAGUACAGUUCCAAUAGCAGCAUGUAUGUUUGUACGAAAAGGAUGGUCCUUCCUUGUAUCAGCUGAACAGGAAAAUGGGCUGAAUGUCCUCUGCCAGCCGCGUAGGUAAGUAAACAGCGGCACAUACACACAGUGGAAUACUACAGCGAGAGAAUCACCGAACUAAAACAGCAUGUAACAAUUUCACAAAUGGUUCAAACACGCCGAAAGAAGUCAGACAUAAAAUAAAAACUCUGAUUCCACUUGCCACAUGUUCAGGAACAGCUAAAGCGAGUGUAAUCUACCCCCUCUGACCCCAGAAGUGCUGAAGUCGGGGAGGGCUCGGGGCCCGGCAAAGCUGUUCUGAGAAGAAAUAUUUCUGAGCUGGAGGCACACUUCACAGAUGUGUUCAUGUUGUUCAACAACAGAUUCUUCUGAUUUGUGAACUAUUCAUUGUAUGUUACACUUAAUGUUCAAAAUAGGGAAUUGCCAUCCGUAUUUUAGAAGCUAGCUCCUGUGCACCAACCAGUAAGAUGACCUCAUGUGUCUCGUUUGGAAUUCCUACUUCAUAGUUCCUGCAAUGAUUAAAAGCCUGAAUGAUACUAUAUGGCAGCUUUCAUAUAAACUAGGGUUCCCAUUCAGACUAGAAACAAAUUAGAAACUCUACAUUUUCCAUAUAUGAUUUAGAGAAGAAACAACGGCACUCUCAGAGAAAGCAGUGGGGACUGAAGGAUUGGAUUCAAUCAUUUCCUUCCUUUCUCGAGGGUAACUGUAGAUGCCCUAUGUAAAACAUCACAUCCACUUCCUACCGGAGGUGAAUAAACCUAGGUGAGCAGCUAGAGGUAUCUGUCACCCUUAUUUCUGAAUCCAUUAUGGAUUCUUGUUUCUCUUCCGUUACCUAUUCUACCUUGCUGUCAUCAGAAUGAUUUAACAACUCGAAUGGUAGACAAAGCCUUGAUAUCUAGGACAAAGCUUUUUCUGUUUAUAUUCCUGGGUGUUUUUUUUUCCCCAAAAUAUUUUCUGGCUACUCUCAAGUAUUUAUUCAUGAGUUUCUAGGUCAAUUUUUUCCUAAUUAAAAACUUGUUUUGUAGUGUGAUUAUGACAAAUGACAGUCGUGGUGAUAACAUCCUCCCAUGCAACUAUUAAGAAUGUUUUCCAUCUGACUUACUGUGCCAAUACUUUAUAUCACAUAUUUAUAUCACAGUAUUUUUAAUUUUGCCGAUCUCAUAAAGUUGCUCUAGUGAGGGGUGUGUGUGUAGUCGGCAGUGUUCAGAGUUUAACCUCAGACCCAUGCAGGGAGCCACUGUUGCCUGCCUGGGGACCCGGGGACCCCACACAGCAGGUGACUGAGCCAGGGGCUCCUGCCUGUUCACAUCUUGAGCCAUUUUCAUGGACUCGGGAAGUUAUUAACUUAAGUUUCUCUAUGAUCAGUUGGAACUUCCACUCUUAAAUUCAUACUCAUUAUUUCCUCAUUUCAGAAAUCUACAUCAAAUAUAUACUGAAGUAUUUCCCUACACAAUAACUUCCUUCCCCCACUGCAUCUUUCCUUCACCAAGUAAAAUCUCACCUGAAGAUAUGCUUCUAUUUUCUAUUUUCAAUUUUAUUUUUAUAAAAUUGCUCACAACACUUUGUUGCAUUUAAUAUUCCAUUACACCUUCCCAUCAUCAUAUUUCAAGCCCCGACCCCCAAAUCCUGCCCCCAAAGCAGACCGA